AUGAUAAGAAGCUCACCUGGACUCAGAAGUGUACCCACAGCCCAUGGAGCAGGAGAGGAUAUUGCUUUUCCAGUUGGAUUUGCUUGGGGUGCAGCUACAACACCAUAUCAAAUUGAAGAAGGCUGGAAUGCAGAUGGAAAGGGCCCUAAUGUCUGGGACAUAUUCACCCAUCAGGGAGGAGAUCGAGUUUUCAAGAACCAGACUGGUGAUGUAGCUUGUGGCAGCUACACUCUGUGGGAGGAAGAUUUGAAAUGUAUCAAACAGCUUGGAUUGACUCAUUAUCGCUUUUCUCUUUCCUGGUCACGUCUGUUACCUGAUGGGACGACAGGUUUCAUCAACCAGAAAGCAAUGACCAAUGAUUCUCGAAGCUAA